ACCACCAGCCCCCCAUGGACGCCGCUCUACCCCAGCUCACUUUUAGAACAGGAGGCCAUCCAAUACUUUCACAAGUUCUACUGUAAGGAUUGCCAGAUGGACCAACUUGCUGCUGAACGCGCCCGCGCGGCCGCCAACUCAUGCGAGGACUCAAACAUGGGCGUCACAGGCUGCUCGGGUGGUGAGGGCAGUGAGGUGAAACAGGAACCCCAGUCACCCAUGAGUCCACAGCAGAUGACAGACGAGGCAUCGCUGAUGGUGACACUCGACAAAAAUAAAGAAUCCCUGAAAAGGAAGUUGAUGAUGAGACGAUCGCUCAAUGAACUUGUGGACCAAGGAAUAUACCCAUCCCCCAAGACUCCCCUUGCAUUUAUGGAACAGAAGAAGAACCUGGAAAGGGCAAAGAUUGGAGACACUUUGAGGUUCAAAAUCUCGCACCGUCCUGACAGACAACAGCUUGUGCAACAACACAUUCUUGAAGAUACCAAAUUCAAUAUCGACCCAUCACUCCACGAAAAACAACGGCAACUGAAAAAGGCUCGGUUAGCCGACAGUUUAAAUGACAAAUUGUCUCACAGACCCGGCGUCCUAGAGCUCGUUCAGGGCAACAUUCUCCAAACUGAGGGCGAACUUCAUGAGCUCAUUAAGGGUAAUGACAUUUCCCUGCAUGAACUAGAUGGGUCGCUAUCGUUUGAGUUUGAUGGCUACAGCGACGCAGAGUACGGGCCUGAAGAUGGCAGGUCCAGCGAUGAUGCUCUGUCACCUGACCACACUGACGACUCCAACCUCUCGGACAUCAGCAGCCCGCCAGUGUCCCGGGCCCCUGACCUGCCAACAUCCUUCAAGUCCAUGCAUUUCUCGGGCAUUCAGUUUAACCAUGAUUCUAAAGUUACAUUGCCAUUAUCUACCCAGUCCUUUACCAUUCCACUGCAGACCACAAACAUGGGAGGUCUCACUUUCACCAAUGGUUCUUUUACACCCGGAACCUUUAUGACGCCUAGAAGCAAUGUGACUGUGACAACAAUAAACAAUAACAAAUUUAUGAAAAACAAAAAAGCGAAACCAAAACCUACGCCAAAGAAUAAAGUGAUCAAAUUCCAUGAAUACAAGGGUCCACCGAACGUCAUUAAAAGUUCAUCGCCUGUUUCUAUUGCCUCGACCACAACAGUGAUAGGCAACCCAUCAGUUGCUGCCAGCAUUGUGCCCCAGACACCACCAGUUGUGCCGGGUGCCAAUCACCAGGAGACACCGUACCACAUUCUGCUACAGCAACAGCAGCUCUACCUGCAGUGGCAGCUCGAGUUUGGACAGAAGAACAUGAAUGCCACGGUGAUCGUCCCCGCUGCUCAAAAGGAAGGCCAGGCUGCCAUACAAGUCUCCCCUUCCAUACCUGCCAGGGUUGCCUCCAGUCUGGCAGCUAGUGGCAUUGACACUUCCUCUGUGUCCGUGGUCUCGCAGGCCCCUACACACACCGUGUUUACAGUGGCCCCAUCCAGUCAGGGUAAGGCAGCCCCGCAGGCCCCUCUGCAGCAAAUCAGGAUAGCCUCCCCUGUUAUGCUGCAGGUGAAGCCAGAACCCCAAGUGGGGCAGCCCCAGCCACAAAUGGACCCCACAGUGACCCCUGUGUCCAGUGUGGGCAAGACCAUCAAACGGCCGACUGUCGCAGUAUCAGCAAGUGCUCCAGUUAAACAGUACACUAGUCUUGAAGAAAUGAAAGUGCCAGAGUUGAAAGCAGAAUUGAAGAAGAGGAAUCUCACAGUGUCAGGACAAAAGCCUAAACUGAUUGAACGCCUGAAGCCUUAUGCAGAUGCAAUAUUGAAGGCUCCUGUGGACAAGUCUCCCCCAGUGACCUCCCCUGGAAGUUCAGUGAUGUCUCCCACGGGCUCUCUCAUAUCCUCCCACAGUGGAUCAUCUCCGCAGACAUUCUCUGUGAUGUCACCACCAUCUUCAGUGACAUCGCCACAGAGUCUGCUGAUGUCCUCAAAACCUGCGAUCCUCAGCCGACCUGGCUCAGUGCUGUCAUCAUCAAUGCUACUACCUGUAGUGACCUCAGUGACGGGGAUGUUGACCAGCCUGGGUUCUGUACAGUCCACAUACUCUAGUCUCACAUCACCGGGCUCGGCUUACUCAAGUGUCGUCACGUCACCGAAUUCAACAGGAACGUCAGUUUUGUCUAGAUCAGUGUCUGUGAUGUCACCGGUCGGUUCUGUGAUAGACGAGAUACUGUGUGGCAAUGUGGAGUCACCUCUAGCCUCUAUUCAGUCUAUGCAGUCAGCUGUAAGUGUUUCUAAUAUGACCCUUAUGCCUGAUGACCUCAGUAACCCGUUUUCCCCGCCGGAGUCCCCACUCAUGAUGGAGCACUUACUUACUCCCCUCUCACCGGACCUGAUGGACACCCACGUCCACUCGCCGGGAAACAGCCAUCGACAACGUAGCCACACUCAGAACAUGCUGACUAAUCAUCAUAAUCAUAGUCAUCACUCUCAGAUGCAUAAUAUUGCCAUGAGCAUGGAGGGUUCUCGACCUCCCUCUGCCCUCUCAUUCAGCCAUCAUGAUGAGAAGCUGGACAUUGGGAUGGAUAUUGACCUUGAAGCCUCUACCAGUUCUGGCCUCACACCUGCCUCAUUCUCAGCGGUGAAGCCCAACUCCCAAAAGGGCCCACCAGGGGGCAGUGUGGGGAGCCCGGGGAACCAGUACAGUCAGCCCCUUCAGGUGAGUGUGCUACGGUCGCAGGACGAUCAGCAGCAGAUGUUGAACCACAUCCAGCAGCAGCUGAACAUCUUGCAGGAACAACAGCACAACAAGCAGCAGCAACAGCAGGCGCUGUCGCCAACCUACCAGCUGAGCCACGAGGAGAUGCUGAGGCAGCAACAGGAGAAGAUAGAGAAGCUCCAGGCCCUGCUGCAGGAGUCACAGAGGCAGCUCCAGCUACAGCAACAGCAGCAUGAGCAGCUCCAGAAGCAGCAACAGCAGCUGCUACAACAACACCAGCAACAGCCUGCAAAGUCACAGCUGCAGCAACAACAUUUGCUACAACAGCAGCAGCAAUCAGUGCAGUCUCAGCAGCAGCAGCAGCAACAACAGCAAUCAUUGCAGUCACAGCAGCAGCAGCAACAACAGCAAUCAUUGCAGUCACAGCAGCAGCAACAACAACAGCAAUCAGUGCAGUCUCAGCAGCAGCAAUUGAGGGGUAAAGCCCAGUCUCUGCUACAGAAACCUGAUCUAAGAGGGCCUGCGUUCUCCCAGCCAUUGCAUGGACAGCCCGAGGUGCACAUGCCCACUCAGGUUUCCAAGGCCUCCACAUACGAGUCUAGUGCCCCACACACUGUGGGUGUCAGCAAUAGGGGCACAAUGGGCUUGGGACAAAUGUCUGUCUCCCAACCUGUGACAGUGUCCGCUCCUAGUCAGCAUCAGAAACCCUCGUCCCAGGGCCAGACGCACACAACUGCUACCCCACAGGUGAUAUUCAGUGUUCCCAAUGGUGUGAAAGCGCCCUUGCUGGCAAACCAGUCCACCAACAUGAAGCAGAUACAGAUACCAGCCAGUUGGCUCACCAACAUUCAGACCACUCCGCAAGGCUUGUCAGCCGUCAUUGUACCAAAACCAGCCACCAAGAAAACUAAGGCUCCCAGUCUUGAGUUUAUCAAGCACCAGUCCAUAAACCAGAAGGUGGAUCUGGUGGGUGGAAAGUCCCUGCUGGCUGUAUCUACUACUGGGGCUGCCCCUACGUUCAUUAUUGCUCCUGGCGUUCCCGUAUCCAAGACUACGUCUACGGCCCCAACCUCCACCACGUCUGCUCAGCCUAGUAACGGGCUGUGUAAACUAGGAGGGCAAAAAAUGACGGUAUCUCUACCAACGUCUCCUGUGGAGGGCCCUAGCCAUGUCAAUGUGAACCGAACAUCGUCCAACCCCUACUUUCUUAAAGAGCCACCAAAAUAUGAUGACGCUGUCAGAACCAAGCAAUCCAAGGUACCGGACGGGGGUACCAGUGGUGGACAGGUUAAGAGUUCCACCAUGGAUGAUGUGCUGGAAAUACUCAUUAGAACAGGAGAGCUGCCUGCCAGCGCCGCCCAGGAGCCUCCUCCGACACCCAAAACGACGACGCAAUCCACAUCUGCAUCAACCAUGUCCGCAUCUCAGUCGCGGGGCAUGUCGGCGCCCAGUCUGCUGGCAUACAACCAAACUAGUGCGCCACACAUGCAGUCCAGUAUGUUUGGGGACCACUACCAGAUGAAUUCCAUGUCAUGUGGGAACUUUGAGCAUGGAGACCAAUACACCGAAAUGAAAUCGGGCAUGGAAGGUAUGUUCUCUCAGUAUGAGAGCAGUCCAAGUGAUCUAAGGGACUCUGUGAAACUAGAGGUUAAGAAUGAGCCUGCUAGCCCUCAAACCACGGUGAAUGUGUAUCCACCUGUGGAGGACUCGGACUCUAAUGACUUGUUUGAUCUAAAUGAAGUGAUGAAUGGGGACAUUAAUGGCGACUUUAACGCCAUGGACUGGACGCCCGAUCCAGAUUUUGGGGACCUUGAUCUGGCUGACACUGACACUGCUGGCUUCAGUUCGGCUAUGGAUACCAAAACCAGCGAACAUUCGUCAUUGACGAUACCGCUUGUUCAAUCUCCACAGCGCUCGGUGCAGGGCUCUGAGCCUGACCUCUCCAACAUGGGUAUGGGGGACAUGGACUCGCACACCAGCAUGCAGAUUGAUGUGCCAGACUGGCUGGAUGUGAUAAUGCCUAGUACGGGGUUCACGCCUAUCAGCGCUUUUGCUCCGAUGUCUUUCCCUGCUGACCCGAUACUUACACCACAGACACAGAAGGAGGUUCUAGAUUUGUUUAACUUUGACGAGUCAGAUCUGAACACUCCGUCAGAUCUGAAUUGUGGGUCCAUGUGGGACAAACUAACAGAAACAACGACAUGAACAUGGUGUGGAUGUGGAAAGUGUCCUCUGAUAUGGGAUCAAACUUGAAAUCUGCUAUUCUGUUUGCUGUUGAAAACAGUGCCUCCUGAAGUAUUUCUCAAAGAAAAGGACCAACCGAAACCGGCUCAAAUAGUACUCACCGAGAAAUAGGCUUCCGUAGAUAUAGUAGUGGGUGUGGAAUGUCACACCCAGCAGCUGUUAGCCAUAACAAGCAUAAGCAAUUUAGACAGAUAGGCAGUAUGUAUGGUUACACAACCAUCACUGAAAAAUACUACUGACGGAAAUAUUAUUAUCAUAACUUUUUGUGAUUAUGGUUAUUAUUGUAAUCAUUUCUUUCUCUUUAAUUCAAACAAUUUUUAUUUGUUUUGAAUUCAGUGUGAGAUUAAGUGUUGAUGCUUACAAUUAUGAACAAUUAAUCCUGAUGAUUCCUGUUGAUGUUUAUUAUUAAUAAUAAAAAAAUUGUAUUAACACCCUUAUGCAUUCAUUUGAUAGUAUUCAGUUUUCAACUACCGCUGUCUGGUUGCUAGAUGUAGGUAGUCCAUUUUGUUAAGUACACUGUUUUGACACAAGAAGACAUAGAGAAAACAAAAACAUCUUGACAGUGAAUGUGCAAAAUGACUUCCAUCCCUCUGCAGACAAGUUUUCACCGGUUGCAUACCACUAAAUGAUGGGCCAGAAUUGUGACAACAUAAAUUCUUUCCAUGUGGUGUGCAUAUAGUGCACAUUCUUUGUAGAUUAAUUCUCCAAACCAGUCAGGUAAUCUUUGUGACUUAUGGUAAAGUGCUGGCAUUGAUGUCUUUUUAUGUCCCCCACCACUAUAGUGGGGGACAUAUUGUUUUUGCCCUGUCUGUUGGUUUGUUUGUUUGUUUUCUACAACUUUAACAUUUUGCAAUAACUUUUGCAAUAUUGAAGAUGGCAACUUGAUAUUUGGCAUGCAUGUGUAUCUCAUGGAGCUGCACAUUUUGAGUGGUGAAAGGUCAAGGUCAUCCUUCAAGGUUAAAGGUCAAAUAUAUAGCUUCAAGGCGGCGCAAAAGGGGACAUAGUGUUUCUGACAAACACAUAUCUUGUUUCUAUUACAUCCUUAUAUUUAAUAGAUUGCAACUUACUUGAUCUGUAUUUUAAAUAGGAUAUCAAGAUUAUAUCUGAUGUUUUGCUUAUUCUGCACAUGCUGUUUCAUAAGGAUUUGAAUUAACCAUAACUCUCAGGGAUCAUAUUUUCCCGCAACAUCAAUCGGUCCGGAUAUAAAUGGGGAAAAGUAUCCGAAAAUGUGUAUCCGAAAUCAUGACAAAUUACGUUAAAAUAUAUACCAUUGAUUUUGCCAUUCAUGAAGUUGGUAUAAUACAUGUACAAGUAAAAUUCCCUUAGGCAUUUUUUUUAAACGGAACGAGUUUUCUCAACUGGUUUAAUCAUUUGGUAUUUCAUUGUUGUUUCGUGCGCUGUUUUAUCAGACUUUUUUCAUCGUUGUCAAUAUUAUUAAUCUGUGUAAGUCUAUACCGAUGUUUUAAAUUGUUGUCGACUCGAUAAUAUCUUACAAACAUGGACUGAACCAAACAACUGUCUGUGCGUAGAUUGGCUACUGACAACAACAAACCAAAUAAUUAAGAAAUAAUUUGUUGUCAAAUAACGCACGUCCGAUAGUUUAGAUGCGUAGGGAUUUAAUCACGACAGCGAAGCAUUUGAAACCACGCAUCUAAUUUUCCGGUCGUGAGUUAUUCAGCAACAAAGUAUAAAGUACACGAAUUAUUUCGAUUCUAACACGGUUUUACUAAAGAUUUAUUCAAUGUAUAUUAUUUUUCUUGAGUACUAUUUUAUGUGAAGGUCCGCCCAUAAAAAUAACUUUCGGCUGUUCUGUCGAUCAGAUCCGCGACUUUCAUUCAUAAUUAUAUUACCGGAUUAUUACGCUGGUGGAAAAUGUAUCGGCAUGUUUUGUUUAGUUACAGCGCGUGCAUUCAGACGCGUCUUUUCGGAUGCGUCUUUAAUCCGCUGUUCACAAGUUUUUGAAUCUUGGUCUGUCGUGCAAUAAACUGGUCCUGACCGGUUUAGAGACCGCAGCGAAUGGUUUAUUACACCUAAUCGAGAUAAGAAUGUCAUUAGGGUGUGUUAGCAUUACCACUGUGUAAUCGAUUUCAUGACAUGGGAAUUUUAAUAGCAAACAGAAUCGGACCGACUGUUUGGGAUUUUCAAUCGGUCUUUCAUGACCCCAAUCGGUCUAGGACCGACAAAACCGAAAAAAAUAUGAUCCCUGAUAACUCUGUAAAAAAGGUUAUUAAACCAUUACCACUCAGAUAUGUUCUUUGACCCAUUUGUAGUCCCUUAGAAAAUAAAAUUAAAUACCUUUUUUACUUGAUUCAAAUUUUAAAAAUAUGUUUAAGUGCCAUGCUCCUUAAUAUUGCAUUUUUAUAAUUUUUAAAUUUAAAAAUGUUUAUCCUUGCAAACUAUUUGUUAUACAUUAGAUUAAAUAACAUUUACUCUAAAACACGGCCUUGUCAUUAUAAUUGUUCCUGGUUUAAGCAAUCUGUUUACCAUAUGUUAAAGUCACAAGUGAUACCAUAACACUGUAUAUUGCGCGAAAAGUUGUAUGGCAUUUGGGGUGGUAAAAAAAACAAGAAGGCAGUUUUUAUUCAAGUGUAUAUUUUGUUUUCUAACAGUUAAAUGUAGUUAUGUUUAAGUUUUCAAAUUUGCUACAUGACUAUUUCUUUGUCACGUUAAGAGUUUGUUGUUAUGGAACAUGUUUAUGUAUUUGUAUAUAAUUUUGUGAUUUUUAAGUUAAUAAAUAUUUGUUAUUUC